UUUUGUUGGCAUGUGCCAUUGGUCCAUGAGAAAAUCGACCACAAUGCUAGUGAGCAUGCGUGUGUAGUGCAAAUAUAUUUCCAUGAAUCAAAAAAAAACUCUGAAAUGCUUUUAGUUUCAUGUUUUUUUUGUGUGUGAAUAUAAUGCAAGGAAAAAACGAAACAUUCAGUCUUUACAUUGAAUUCAAAUAUUUAACAUUGAACGUCCCACUCAAUUCUCAACCGAAAUGCCUCAUUAUAGCAGUCUUCGUAAUUAUUAUUUGUUAAUAAAAUCGAGUUGUAAUUUGCGAUACUGGUGUGCAUAGUAUCGAUACUUCCGUGGUGUUUCACAGACAUGAUAAUUGUGUCGUACGUUAUAACACACCUAUGUAUAGCCAAUUCACCACUCUACAAAUACGUCGUUUGACAUGAAAUUGAUUAGAUAUUAGAAUUUGUAGAAAUUCGAAAAUAAGUGCAGAUAACGGCUUAUAUUGUGGGUGCUUCCAACAAUAGCUGACUGAAUUAGUACGUAAUCUAUCGGUCGACAGAUUGAAGUGUGUUUCGCUGUGAACAUUUUUGUUAAAAAUGAAAAAUACCGCUUACACCGGUGAAAGCGAUGAAGUGGCCAUAGAAAUGAAUCAACAACAAGAAAUUGAUUUUCGACUACCGCCUCCAUAUUCGGUGGAACCGACAUCGAUACCAAAUUUUGAACCGUCCAGUGCUUUCGGCUCAACCGUUCCAAAUUCCACUUUGAAUUUAUUUAAUGAGACUCUGAACGACAAAGAAAGGUUCAUACUGGCUCCAAUGGGACGUGUUGGCUUUGCGUCAAGAAACAUUGUUGUGCAAUUACAAAAUGCUGCACAACAGCCAAUUAUGUCUAUAAUGACUGUGCCAGGACGUAGCAUUUCAACUGGAACGGGUAAUGAUGAUUCCAUUCGCGUAGGUUCUGUUAUACAAAUGAUCAACACAUCCGGUCAGGUUUUGCUCACAGCAAAGGAAAACGGUCAAUCGAUGACAAUAUCGUCUGGAGAUCAAGUUCUGGGAAUGGUGGAAGGAAAUUUGUUAUGCGGUACGACUCUAAGUGCUAGAAGUGUCAUGGGCGAAGUGCUAUUUCAAAGUAUUGGAGGAACAGAAAUGAGUCCAAUUACUUCUGUAGGAUGUUUCGGUUCCUCUCCGUCAGAGUUUACCCUAAUGUCAAACAGAGGCGUUGCACUUGCACGCAUUGCACGACCAAUGAAUGGCACGGAAGGCUGCUCAAUAACACUUUUUAGCUCGCGCAACAUUGGCAUACGCACUAAAGCCCUUCUAGUAUUUACCGCGUACUUAAUGUAUUAUGCAUUUUUAGCAGAAACUACCAUCGGAAAUAUAGGUGCUCGUGGACUUGCUAAGCGACUAUUCAUGUGUUUUUGUAUUUUUUUCGUCGUUGUUUUGCUACUGUUCAUAUUAAUUCCAGUAAUCGUUCUGACAACUCGGUAGGCACAACGUUCCUAUUUUAUAUGGUACAAUAUUGCCUUCGGCUAUUGAGCAACGACAUAAUAAUUACUGUUGAAGAACUGUAUUAAGCUGUGAGAUUAAAUAUAAGAACUUUCCGCAGAGUAACUUCAAGCUUCUCCUUAAAAACUGUCGCUAACGUUACGGGAGCGUUCUGAACUGUACCACAAUUUUAACUAUGUUUAAAAGUUUCCAUACCAGAGAAGUGAAAACAGAUGGCGCUGCGUUGAUGCGUCUCCGUUGAGGCUGCUUCAACGCCAUCUGGUAUCAUUUCUCUGUUCCAUACGGUUUCCUAUUAAACGAGAUUUUACAAUUUAAAGGUAUCAAGUCUAUUUUACGCGAAAAACAACUCAUAUCAUAUUAGCAAGUUCACUUCUACAGAGAAAUAAUAAUAAUAAAAAUAAUUCAGACGAAUAGUCGAUGU